CAAAAAAAAAAAAAAAACAACCAAAGAAAAAAAAAAUCCCAAAACCUCCUUCUUUAAUUGCAUAAACACUGCCGAAUGUAUGAAACCCUACUCUUCUUUAACAAAAAAAAAAAAGAGUUCUACAUGGCCAUGAAUUCAUGAAAUUUUUAGGCCUUUCUGUUUUAAUUUCCUUCACCCAUUAAAAUCCCAACUUUUUUUUCUUCCAUUAAAACAAACUUUCACUCCACAUUCAUCCCUAAUUUUAUUAGAUCUAUCCAUUUCAUCAUCUGGGUAUUUUCCGAAAUAUCUAAUUAACCCUAAAAAUAUGAUCUUUUCUAAACUGGGUAGUUCUUUAUCUCGUUCUUCUCGAGCAAGGAAUCUCAUCAAUGGAUGUUACAAAGGAAGGCCGGUGUUACUUGAUGAAAGUUUAUUAAGAGCUUCAUAUGUUAAUUCCUCUGCAAAUCAAUUUGAUUCUAAUUUAGGGUUUCUGAGGAGUUAUUUGGGUUCAAUUGGAGCUCAGAAUAAAGAUUAUUUAUCUGAUGUAAAAUAUGCUCUUGCAAAUCCUGGAUUUUGUAGGUUUUUCUCCAGUGAAGCACCUAAGAAAAAGAACUAUGAGAACUUUUAUCCAAAGGAGAAGAAGGAAAUUCCGAAAACGGAUGAGCAGAAAUCCGAGUCUAAAGAGGAAUCAAACUCCAAUACCGAGGAUCAAGGAAAUUUUCAAGAAACAUUCAUGAAGCAGUUUCAGAGUUUGCUCACUCCUCUUCUAAUGAUCGGGCUUUUCCUCUCAACAUUCUCAUUUAGUCCUCGUGAACAACAGCAGAUAAGUUUCCAAGAAUUCAAAAAUAAGCUUUUGGAACCUGGUCUAGUUGAUCAUAUAGUCGUGUCUAAUAAAUCAGUUGCUAAAGUUUAUGUGAGAAGCUCACCACGGGAUCAUACAAACAACGAUGAAGUACAAGGGCCUGCAAGUGGUGCACCUCCAAGAGGCGGCGGCCACUCAGGCCAGUACAAGUAUUAUUUCAACAUUGGAAGUAUUGAGUCCUUUGAAGAAAAGUUGGAGGAAGCACAGGAAGCUUUGGGUAUCGACUCCCAUGAUCAUGUUCCUGUGACAUAUAUGAAUGAAAUGGUAUGGUAUCAAGAGCUGUUGAGGUUUGCACCUACACUUUUGCUUCUUGGAUCACUUUUCUUCAUGGGUAGGAAGAUGCAAGGUGGGCUAGGUGUUGGUGGCGGUGGUGGGCGAGGAGGAGCUCGUGGAAUUUUCAACAUCGGAAAAGCCACAAUUACGAAAGUGGAUAAGAAUGCCAAGAAUAAGGUCUACUUUAAAGAUGUUGCCGGAUGUGAUGAGGCAAAGCAAGAAAUCAUGGAGUUUGUGCACUUCCUUAAGAAUCCCAAGAAGUAUGAAGACUUGGGUGCAAAAAUUCCUAAGGGUGCUCUUUUAGUUGGUCCACCAGGGACAGGAAAGACUCUCCUUGCUAAGGCAACUGCAGGCGAAUCUGGUGUACCCUUUCUAUCCAUAUCUGGUUCAGAUUUUAUGGAAAUGUUUGUUGGUGUAGGACCAUCCAGGGUAAGAAAUUUAUUCCAGGAAGCAAGACAAUGUGCACCUAGUAUUGUUUUUAUCGAUGAGAUUGAUGCCAUUGGCCGGGCAAGAGGACGUGGAGGUUUUUCUGGUUCAAAUGAUGAGCGGGAAAGUACUCUUAAUCAACUGCUUGUCGAGAUGGAUGGUUUUGGAACUACUGCUGGAGUAGUGGUCCUUGCUGGCACAAACAGGCCAGAUAUAUUGGAUAAAGCUUUGUUGAGACCUGGUCGAUUUGAUCGCCAGAUUACCAUUGACAAGCCUGAUAUUAAAGGUCGUGAACAAAUUUUUCAGAUAUAUUUGAAAAAGCUCAAGCUUGAUCAUGAACCAUCGUACUACUCAGAGAGGCUUGCAGCACUUACUCCUGGAUUUGCUGGAGCUGACAUAGCAAAUGUCUGUAACGAAGCUGCAUUAAUUGCUGCCAGAAAUGAGGGGAUUGUUAUUACUAUGGACCAUUUUGAAUCAGCCAUAGAUAGAGUUAUUGGUGGCCUGGAGAAGAAAAACAAGGUUAUAAGCAAGUUGGAAAGACGAACUGUUGCUUACCAUGAAUCUGGUCAUGCUGUUGCUGGUUGGUUUUUGGAACAUGCGGAACCUCUAUUGAAAGUCACAAUAGUUCCCCGUGGCACAGCUGCUCUAGGAUUCGCACAGUAUGUACCAAAUGAAAAUCUUCUUAUGACCAAAGAACAGCUUUUUGAUAUGACUUGUAUGACCCUGGGUGGCCGAGCAGCUGAACAGGUUUUGAUAGGUAGAAUCUCGACGGGAGCUCAGAAUGACCUGGAAAAGGUAACCAAAAUGACAUAUGCCCAAGUUGCAGUUUAUGGUUUCAGUGACAAAGUAGGCCUCCUCUCUUUCCCCCAAAGAGAGGAUGGUUUUGAGAUGACCAAGCCCUACAGCAACAAAACGGGUGCAAUCAUCGAUGAAGAGGUGAGAGAGUGGGUUACUAAGGCAUACAAGCGGACUGUUGAACUGAUCGAGGAAAAAAAGGAGCAAGUAGCUACAAUUGCAGAACUAUUGCUUGAAAAAGAGGUCCUCCAUCAAGAGGACUUGGUACGAGUUUUAGGUGAACGACCUUACAAACCGGCAGAGCUCACAAACUAUGAUAGGUUCAAGCAAGGUUUCCAGGAAGAACCUGAUAAGAGUAGCCAGGCCUCCGAGAAACAGACCUCGGAGGAUGAAGGAUCGCCGCCUCUUAUACCAGAUGUGGUUCCUACAUAGUAAGUAAUAGGGCGGCGACUUUAGUUUGUGUUGUACAUGGGCCAAAUAUUUCUCUGAUGAAAAGGGUGUAUAAUGAAAUUUUACGCAUUGUACACGUUGAUAUCUUCUUAUUUCUUUAAUGAGAUGAAUUCGAUGUUUGCUGCUGCUGGGUAUUGGCAUCGUUCUCUUUGCUAUUUACAUCUUCUUCUGUUCAUGAUUUCCUGAUGAAGAUGAAUAAAUAGAUGCUUUUAAUACUUGAUUAA